AUGUCUGUCCACGGCAGCCAGCAAGAUAUUGAUUUGUACGCAAGUGGAAAGCAACUCCCACCCAUCAUCGCUCCAGCCUCAGAUGGUGGGCUGCUAGUCCAGGGGAUCCAACAGGAUCAGAACGUUCAGAUCAACUUGAGAGAGUGGCCCAACACGAAAGUGACGAUCAAUCGCUGCAGCAAAUGCAUGAUAAGGCUGUACGGGUCGUGCGGAGAAAUUCAGAUCGUCAGCUGCAAGGAUGUCACCAUCAUGAUCGACCAAGUCAACACGAUGGCGAGCAUGGUUGACUGCGAGUUUUGCAACUUCGCCGUCGCAGGAGACGUUCCCCCCGUCAAGCUGCAACGACUCCAGUCGUGCAACGUCAUUGCGACGUGGGACGGUUUGAAGGAGCCCAUCGAGACGCACACCUGCAAGGGCAUCAACGUGUACGCUCUGCAUGAUACCUCCGCCAACAUCGCUGUCGACGAAAUCUUCAACCAGCGAGACACGGCUGAGGUUGUGGACAUCCUGGACGGGAUCGGGCUGAUCCAGGUUGCCGUCUUGUACCAGCACCUCGUGCGCAAGGCUGGGAUCGGCAUCAGCCUCCAACAAGUCAACGAUCCCCGGGGAGGCACGAGGUACCGAGUCGAAGACCUCCUCCCCAACGCCCCGGCGGUGUUGUCGGGGGUGCAACAGGGUGACAUCCUCUUGACGGUCGAUGACGUGGAAGUCAGCAACUGGAGCCCCAACAUGGUCAACGAGGCCGUGCUGGGUCCCAUCGGAACCUGGUGCAAGCUGGGGCUGGAGCGGAACGAGCAAGCCCUCCCUGCUCCCAUCAUGGUCCUCAGAAGCCACGAGCUGAGAGUGUUGAAGAAUGCAGCAGAAAAUGUGAGAGCUCGCGCUACUGUGCAUGACAAGACCUCGACUAACUCAAUGUCAUAUCCACAGCGGUCAUCUACACCUCCAGCCAUCUAUCAGGCUCCUGCUCCGGCAAGCUAUCAAGCCCCGCCUCCAGCUAGCUACCAGGCUCCUCUUCCUGUUGACAACCUAGCUUCGCCUCCAGUCAGCUACCAGGCUCCUCUACCCACAAGCUAUCAGUCUCCUUCGCCUCCCGUGAGCAACCGGACUCCUUCGCCUCCAGCGAGCUACCAGGCCCCUGCCCCGGUGAGCUACCAGGCCCCUGCCCCGGUGAGCUACCAGGCCCCUGCCCCGGUGAGCUACCAGGCCCCUGCCCCGGUGAGCUACCAGGCCCCUGCCCCGGUGAGCUACCAGGCCCCUGCCCCGGCUCCUGCUCCUGUCAGCUACCAGCUUCCGGUUCCGGUCAGCUCACAGACGCCCUCGCCCCCGGCUUCGAGUUCUCCUAAGCAUACCCUCCUGCAGUCAGCAGGUCCGAGCUCGUUGGCAAGCCUGCAGCCAAACAGUGUGAAGCCGGACACAUAUAAAGUGCAAGUCCUUUUCAUUGAAGGCAAAAAUCUUCCUGUCUCUCCGGGAAGUCAAGUCGGAGCAACUCUGUCAAUGCAGUACCCGAGCAACGUGCCAGGGGGAGGGAGGAAGACAUUCGCCUCCAAGAUGGUCCCGCUGAACCCAAGCUCGCAACAAGCUGUGUGGCAUGAGAUGAUCGAAGUAAUUCUCUCAGCCUCCGAGCUCGAGGGCUGCUUGCUUGGCGGCACCUUGACGGAGAUGGCGGGAGGAGCUCAGCCUCAAUCAGUCGCUGAGCUUGCGGGCAUCGAGCUCUCCCGUUACCCUGCUGGUCAGAAGAUUGACAUCUGGUGCCCCUUCCAGGAUCAGGGCAAGCCGCUGCCUCCCAAUGCCCUAGUGCACUUCAACGUCACUUUGACCCCUAUGUCCAGCAGCAGCUCAGUUGGAUCGGCACAGCAGCAGGCCGCCAGCCCAUCGAGUGUCUAUCAGGAGCAGCUUGCAAGCACUCUAGUCCGCGACGCUCUCGUCCCCGAACAGUAUUCCCCGAACGGGACCAGCACCAUCCAGCCGUCGUACGAGCUUCACUCUCCUCCAACUUCGAGCAUGCCAAACCCAGCGGCCGACUUGGCUAGCCUUGCCAUCUCUCGUCCGGCACAGUCCAUGCCUCCCCCCAAGAAGGACGCGCAGGUGCAGCCGCAGGUUCAGUCGCUUCCCCAGCUGUCCAGUCAGCCUCUCGCCACCCGUGAGGUUGAAAUCUUCCGCGGAGCCUCCAACGCCCCCGGACAGAUGACGGGCAUCGGGAUCGUCUUUGGCAAGUCAUCGCCUGCUAGCUACUACGUCAUCACGAGCUUCAACGAGGGCACGGCGAAACAGAGCGGACAAGUGCAGUUGGAGGACUACCUCCUCGCCGUCGACGGAGUGAAUGUCACCGACAUGUCCGUGGAUCAGAUUCGCAGCAUGAUCAUCGGUCAGCCGGGCACCAAGCUGAUUCCUUCCCCCCUCAUCAGCUCCACCCACGCCGGGAUGCUGCCGCUGAAGUCGACUCCCGCAAACCCGAGGAUGCGAAACCCGUCCAGCAGCCCCUUCACCUGCCCGGCUCGUCAUGCUCUCCUCCUCCUUCCCCUCUUCUACCUGCGCAUCUUCGAGCUGAGGAAGAGCGUCCGCGUUGUUGUCGAGGUCGAGGAGGAGGAGCAGCCCCCCCUGCCCUGGCCUGAGUCGCAGCUUGAAAUGCUCCUGGUGAAGGCAAGAGCCAAGGGCAUGGAGGUGCGCGAGGACGUGACGAGGGACAGACGGCAAGAAGAUGAGUUGAGUAUCGUAGAAACAAAUCAUACGAGGAAGAAGAAUGGGUGGGCGCAAAUGACAGUAGGAGAGGAGGAGGAGGAGGUGGUGGAGGAGGGGGAGAAGGAGUCUGCCGCCACGAAGCCCCUCAAGCGGAUCUCCAAGGGGAGGGAGCCGCCGGGAGGGGGAGGAUCGCCUCCCUUGAGAGCCCCCGUGACCGUCACCUCGUUCCACAUGGAGAGAGGGCUGGAGGGAGGAGGGGUGUACUUGACCAGCAGCGAGACCCUCCCCCCCGCGUCCACCUUACCCGCCGCCUGGUCGAAGACGAAGCCCAUGCUCUCUGCCUCCUUGAUGUCCGACAGCACAAACUCGCCCGGUGCCUUGGCGCCGCAGUUGCCGACGAUGAAGGAGUGA